GGGUGGGAGGACAAGGGGAGAAGCUGUCGGUGAGACAGACCGGGACGGCAUUCCCAUUGGCUCUCGCGAGGAAUCCAGAAGGGAAGAAUGUUCGAUUGGAGACGGAUGCGACGCCGUCUCCUCGCCUUAUACCCAUGCCGUUGUUCAUUGAGGAGGUCCCCCAUUCUUCUCUCUUCCCGUCCUCAACUCGGCUGCGUUGUCCACCGUAUUGCCGAUCCCAUUCACACAUUCACACACUGCCUGCCUCAGAGAUAUGUACAGACAAAUCUGCACGCCUUCAGCAUGGCGUGUUCUUCCAAAGCAUGUCUGGCGCUGUUUCGCCCGCAUGCGAACCGGCCCCCGCUGCGUGCUAGGAACGAUAGGAGGGCUAAACCAGCGUGCGUAUGCAGCUACGGACCACCCAUCUUACGGCUACCUGUACCUAAGCCAAGAAUCGACCCGCGAGUGGGUGCUGUAUGUAUGUAUGUAUGUACGGAUGGAUGUAGGUAUAUAUGUAUGUAUGUAUGUAUGUAUGUAUGUAUGUAUGUAUGUAUGUAUGUAUGUAUGUAUGUAUGUAUGUAUGUACCAUACAGGGAGGGGGGGGUCUAUUAACACUAUGUCAGCAACCCUUUCUAUGACUGGACAUAGUGUCUGCCUCGUAAUAAGAGUAAGUUAAACUCUAGGCUGACAUUAUUACCAUUUCCCGACAUAGUUACCAUCCGGAUAUAAUGUCUUUAUUUUAAAAAAAGGUACAUUCUAUAGGAUUACCCGGUUACCUCUAGGUUACUAAGUACGUACCUUUGUACCUUUAUAUCUUUUACGUCUGUUACCUACCUCCUACCUCUCUUUCAUAAGUUCGAAGAUAGAUAGAUUCCACG